AUGGCAUCCACUCCCUCAAACCGGACUAAGCCUACACCGUCCAACUCCCCGUUUGUCUCACGCCCCUCCCGGUCUUCUAUUCGACCCCGAGCCUACUACGACUCCUGCCUCUCCCUGCAGCGUGUGGUCGGUACCACCUGCGGCUCGCCCACCGGCUUCGACACGGUCCACUCGUCCUUCGCAUACCUCGCCGGCGGCGCCGUGGUCGUGGUAGAUGUCUCCGGCGAGCACUAUGCGCAGCGCUUCUACCGAGCACGCCCCACCGCCGUUCCCCUCCUCAGCGUCUCCCCCACCACAAACAAUUCGUCCACGCCGAUCUCUACACCAAAAGCCAACGAUAGCAGAAAUAGAGCUGCUGCUUCUUCUCCCAGAGACUCCCUCUAUGCUGAGUGGCCCGACUCGCCGACCUCCAAGACCUGGACGAGCCGCGAACGGAUCAAGGCUGCGACCUGCCUGGCCCUCAGCCGAGAUGGACGGUACCUAGCCGUGGGUGAAACGGGCUAUGCCCCGCGUGUGCUCUUGUUCAACCUACAAGAUGCCUCUUCCGACGUACCCCUGGUGUCCAUCAGCGAACACACCUUCGGGGUCAAGGCUGUGGCUUGGUCUCCCGACACAAAGUACCUGGCGUCGCUAGGGGCAGCAAAUGACGGGUUUCUCUACCUGUGGAAGGUCGACUCCCGGACCGGCGCGGUGAAGCUGUUUCAACAGAACAGAUGCACCGCGUCCGUGAAGGAGAUGGUGUGGAUGGGCAACAAUGUCAUCACGCUCGGUGUCCGCCAUGUCAAGGUGUGGAGGGUUGAGGAAGGGCUGGAUGUAACGCCCGUGAAAACGAAAUUCUCGAACGAAGGAGCGACCCCCGCUCCUCUGCCGGCUCAGAAGCCGUUGCCGGGCAGAAACAUUCUGCUCGGGGCGAUGCUGGACGAAACAUUUUCCUGUGCGCUCUCGAUAUCAGACGAAAAGACUAUCAUCUGCUCCGAAACGGGUUGUGUCUGCUUGCUCGAUGAUACCAACAAGCAAAUGAAGCUGUCGAAGGCGGUAGAGGUCGAUUUCAGCGUCACCUGCGUCUCUCGCCGAGGAGAAGAUAUCCACGUCGGAGGAAGAGAAGGUCAGCUUGCCAUUAUAAGCCUUGAUGAUAUAUUGAGCGGCUGCUCCGAACCGACCAUCCGUACUUCGGCAAUGGCGGCCGGUCUCGUAGCCAUGGGCUUUUUGGCAGAGAACCUUGUCACCAUCGACACCAGGCGAUCGAUCGAUAUCUGGAGUGCGGACUAUACGCCCGGCAAUUCCCUGGGCGAGAAAUCACACAUUCCUAUCCCGGGCCUCGGCGAUCCAAUCGUUGGGGUGGACACAAGCGCCGAGUCCGGUCCCGCCAAUCAAGUCGUUGUGGUGAGAGCCACGAACGACGGGUCCUUCUUCAUAGCCGGAGACAAGUUGGGCGUCCUCCGGAUUGUUGAGGUUUCCACCGGAGAGUGUUUGCUGGAAACAAAGGCACACUCUUCUAAUUGCCAGGACAUCACUGUCCACGAAGGCAAAUCUAGAUUCCUCGUGGCCUCCUGCGGCCGAGACCGAACCGUUCAGCUGUUCCACCGCUCAUCCGCAGGGGUGUUCGAGCACUUCCAGACGCUCGAGUUCAGCGCCAAAGUGGUCCAGGUACUAGUACCGAACGAGGACAAGGUCCUGACGUGCUCCCUCGACCGGACUCUCCAAAUCCACGACCUGGUGAGCAAGGAGGGCGAACCCGACGUCUUGGCAGCCAUUCCGUUCAAAUCGGUCUCCUUGAAGGCAUCUCCGUCCGCAAUGGCCGUGACAACCGACGAGAAGGCCGUGUUUGUGUCUCUGCUGGAUCGUUCUGUAUGCCAGUACGACUUCGGUAACGGGCGGGUUCUCGGCACGUUCAAGUGCAAUGACGAAUCCGGGCUCGACUCGGUCGUGCUAGAGUCAUUGACCCAUAGUCAGCCCGGGUCCAAUGACCCCCCUUUCCUUCUCGGCAUUUCCAACACGGACAAAUCCGUGCGAGUCUAUGACACCCAAGCAGGCUGUUUCAUGGACCGCGAAUGGGGCCAUACCGAAGCCAUCAACGGCGCCGUCCUCAUCGACGGCGAAGAAUCCGGCCGUAAGGUCGUCAGUGUAGGCGAAGAUGGUACAAUCAUGAUAUGGGGCCUCGACUUUGACGACUCAAGCAACGGAUCACAAAGUCGCGACCCGUCUCCAGAAAAGGCUCCCCAGCCGGCCUCUACCCGGCCGCCGUUACGGCGAGUUCUUUCCAAAGCGGAACUGGCCGAAUUCCAACGCCCAACUUCAUCCGCCGGGCCCCCUAGCUCAAGUACAGGACGGCGUUCCCCUCCCCGACCCUCACAUCGCCGUCCCGCCAAAUUUCAGCUCCCUUUCUCGUCCCUCCGGACCCCGAACAACAACAAUAACAGCAACAGUAACAACAACAGCACCCCCGAAAAGCAAGCGACCUCUCCUACCAACACCACCAGCAUGAUCAUCAUAGACGACACCCACGCCCGCACUCCGUCCCGGCGACCGUCUUCCGGCGCCGGCUCCCGCUGCUCCGACGACAGCCCACCGCCCGAAAGUCCCAAGACCCGCUCCAAAAUGUUCCGCCGCCCAUCCCUUCCCGCCCUAGGAGCAACCCCACUAUCCACGUCCAAGUCCCGCAAAAACUCCAGCUCAAACCAGCGCGGUAGCGGUGGAGGCGGUGGCGGCGGCGGCGGUGGCAGUGGUGGCGGGAAUGGAUACGGGUUCGGGACCCUCAGCAUGGCGACGGAACAGACCUGCCGGCAGCUGCGCGCGUACCGCAGGAAGCUGGCAUCGGCCGACUCCAUCCACGGGGACGUGCUGGCGCAGCUGGAUGCCGAGCUGCGGUUGACGGCGGCUGCGCUAGGGGAACGGGCCAUCAGGAGCCGCACGGGGAGCGGACAUGGCAGCGGUAAUAGCCAUCGAGGACACGGUGAUCGGCGGGGCGAUUCUGGAGGCGGGAGCCAAGGUGACGCCAGCAGCGGCAAGGUCAGCGAAACGAUACUCAGCGGCCUGCUGGACCAGUACAGCGAGCGGCUGGUCAGCAUGCUCGACGAGAAGCUUCGCCUGAGGCUGAGCGAGGAGGAGAAGGACUCCCUGGCGGCGGCGAGGGAGCGCCCGCGCACCGCCGGGGAGGGGUCCAACGCCUCCUUUUCUGGGGGGAGUAUCAGUGGAGGCCCCGUUUGUGAUGAGCCCGAGUCUGUGUGA